GGCCUGCGGUGCAAAGGCACGAUCUGAAACCCCACACACACUCACACUCGCUCACACACAGAGAGAGAGAGAGAGAGAGAGAGCGAGCGAGAGCGCUCUUCUGCGUGCUGGUUGCGACGAAGAAGCUCCUCCGAUCGGACGGGCUCUUCCCCGAUGCAGGUCAUGGCGUCGCGCAGGAUGACCGGACUGGGAUUGCUGCUGCUGCUUUGCGGGUGCUUUGUUCUCGCCGCUUCGCUCUCUGACACGGUAUUCUAUGAAAGUUUCGAUGAGGACUUCGAAGGUCGUUGGGUGGUGUCUCAGAACAGCGAGUACGGAGGUACAUGGAAGCAUGCGAAAAGUGAAGGUCACGAUGAUUACGGUCUGUUGGUGAGUGAGAAAGCUAAGAAGUACGGUAUAGCAGUGGACUUGCCCGAGAAGGUCGAUCCCAAGGAUGGAGCUCUUGUUCUUCAGUAUGAUCUGAGACUUCAGAGCGGUCUUGAGUGCGGUGGUGCGUACUUGAAGUUUCUCCAACCUCAGGAAGCAGGGUGGACGGCCAACGACUUCAACAAUGAGUCGCCGUACUCCAUAAUGUUCGGUCCGGACAAGUGUGGAGCCACCAACAAGGUGCACUUCAUCUUCCGACACAAGAACCCAGUGACAGGAAAAUACGUGGAGCAUCAUCUGAAGAACCCCCCUGUUCCCGCAGGAGACAAGUUGUCUCACGUCUACACAGCCAUCAUCUAUCCGAACAACACUCUGAGAAUUUUGAUCGAUGGUGAGGAGAAGAAGACGGCCGAUCUGUUAUCUGACGAGUUUGAACCAACAGUGAUCCCCGCCAAGACGAUUGCCGAUCCAGAAGACAAGAAGCCUGAGGAUUGGGAUGACCGCGCCAAGAUUUCCGACCCCGAUGCCACUAAGCCUGAUGACUGGGAUGAGGAUGCCCCCAGAGAGAUCGAAGACGAGGAAGCUGAGAAGCCAGAGGGAUGGUUGGAUGAUGAGCCUGAUGAAGUGGACGAUCCUGAAGCCGUGAAACCCGAGGAUUGGGACGACGAGGAAGAUGGCGAAUGGGAACCUCCCAAGAUCAGUAACCCGAAAUGUGAGGAGGCUCCUGGUUGUGGUGAGUGGAAGCGCCCCAUGAAGAAGAACCCCGCCUUCAAGGGCAAGUGGAAGGCACCAAUGAUUGACAACCCAGCUUAUCAAGGCAUUUGGGCACCUAAGCAGAUUCCCAAUCCCGAGUACUUUGAGUUAGAGAAGCCCAACUUGGAAGCUGUGGCCGCCAUCGGUAUUGAGAUUUGGACCAUGCAAGAUGGCAUCCUCUUCGACAAUAUUCUAGUAGCACACGAUGAAGCGAACGCUGAAGAGUACAGGAAGAAGACCUGGGAACCAAAACACGCGGUUGAGGAGGAGAAAGAGGCAGCUGAGGCCAAGAAGUCCGAAGAUAAACCAGAGAAGGCCGGGUUGGACAGCAUCAAGGGCAAGGUCUUCGAGGCUCUUAACAAGGUUUCCGAGAUUCCAUUCCUCGCCAAGUACAAGGAACAGAUUGAUGACGUGCUUGACAAGGCUGAGAAGAAUUCGAAUGUUACUCUCGGUGUUUUGGCAACCAUCCCUGUCCUCCUCGUGACGAUGCUGUUGAGCUUUUGCUUUGGAAAGAAGAAGACGCCAUCCACCGGUACAACUGGGGCCACGAAAAAGGAGGAUACUGUGACCGCUGAUGAUGUAUCUGGAGCCAAGGAGGAACAAGUAGAGGAAGAAGAGCAAGAGCAGGCUGGGGAGAUUGAGAAGGAGGGUGUGAGUGCCCGCCGCAGGCCCCGGAGAGAGACGUAGUUAGGAUUUGAACGGAAGUCGGUAUUGUUAGGUAUGUAAUCGCGGCGAGCAGGCUAUUCGCCACAAUGCCAGGGCGAGGUUAGCUGCUGAGAUCCUUGCGGGGGCUCUUGUGCAUAUGACCAUGUGUAGAAUUAUGUGCACCAUGCUCGCACUUGCUGGUACACAAGGGUGUUGUCGGUUGUAGCGCUCGGUUCACAGCAGACUUUUGUGACAGAUGGUUAGAUCCUUUUAAUUUUUUUUAAAAACUUUUUCUCUCAUACUUUGUACUUGAUUUUUGUUUAGAUUAAAGGGAAUUAAGCAAAGAUUGACUGUGGGUCGCUAA